AUGUUGACAACUGAAACCAAAAUCCAAACAGUGCCACGGCCCAUGCAGCUGGUUGGUGAGGAUGAAUAUCCUUCAAACAAAGUCGCCUUGGCCAAUGGUGACCUUAAGGCUCCAAAAUCGUCGACAUACACUGGCACUGGCGAUUUCGAAUGGGGCCCUUGGAAGUUGCAAGAUGUUUUGAUUCCACCAAAUGCUGGCAAGGGCUUGAUCAAGAAGUACCACCAACGUCGGACCCUGUAUCAAUACAUUGCCAUGUCUUUGUUCGGCCUCUGGUCGUUCAACAACCUCUCAUCCACAGCAUACAGAGCUGCUGCCUUGGGCCUCCUGUUCCCGGGGGCAGGCUUCAUCGGUGUUGGCACUAUCCCAGCCCUGGGGGCGUUCCUGUUGACCCUGGUCCUGUUUCCCGUCACAAUCUUUAUUUGGUUUGCCAUGGGCGGCAUCUUCUUCCCAAUUGCACUAUGGAUCGGCUCUGCAGUAGCCGCUGGUGCGCUGGCCGAGGACAAACUCUUUGACAAAGCCGGAACCAUCUGGGCUGUCUUUUGCUACGGUGGUAUCGCGUGGCUAAUGCACAAUGCUCGACAAUUGAAUGCUGCUGGCUACAGUUUGGCUCAAGAGCGGAACAAGUAUCUGGUCGAUGCAGUCAAACAUCAACGCGCGAAUGCCGAGCCUGCCCCUGCUCCUGGAAGCCGAGAGCUUGAUCUGGAAACACUUCGCCACAUGCAGUACAUGAUUGAGCGAGGAUUGAGCCCAAAGAGUGACUUCAGCUUCCACGAUGUCAUUGAUCAAUUCCAGACCGGUGCUGUUCGGUACCAACUCUACGGCGUUGUCGAUGUUCUCAGCCUGUAUCAAUGCCACUAUGCUCCAAGUUUCCACGGCUACUUGUCCAAAGCUUCGCAAAAUUGCAUUGAAAAGAGCCUUCAGAAGCGGAUCAUGUCGUACUGGAAAUGGGAAUCUAUCUUUGGCAGAUUUACAUUGAGUGACUGGGACCCCAUCAAGAAGGAUAACAUUAUGGUUACAGGCUAUUUGAGUUGCGCCAUUGGCCUGUACUCGCAAGCUUCUGGAGAUCGACGAUAUAUGGACAAGAACGCCCUCGAGUUUGUCAUCGACGAUGGCAAGCAUUACAAGACAAAUUUCGAAGGUCUGGCAGAUGCUCUGAACGAAAAUAUGACAGAGAACCCAUACUGUCUGUAUCCAUGCGAGCCUAAUUGGACAUACUCCCUCUGCAACUUGACCGGUAUGGCCGGACUCGUUAUUUCUGACCGAGUCUUGGGACGGCAUCUAGCCGACAAGCUGCGUAACAGGUUUGAAAAGUCCCUCGAGGAAGAGUUCACCGAGACAGAUGGCCGCAUCUUGCCUAUCCGUAGCGAGUUUACAGGUUUGACGCUUCCAGGUCUUUGCGGCACCUUGACCGACUGUAUCAAUGCCAUGUUGCUCACAGCGUAUCUUCCACACCUGGCGCACCGCAACUGGGCGAUGAUUCGCAAGGAGUUCCUGACCUACGACCAUAAUGGAAACCUGACUGUCAAUGGUCUCAAGGGGGCCGACAAGAUGGACCCCGGCAACUACAAAGCUGGCGAGGGUCCCUUGCGGGCCUUCAUUGCCGCUACUGCCGCCGAGUUUGGAGACGAGAAAGUGCGCAAAGAAGCGUUGGAGCAAAUGGACUCGAAGUAUUUCCCCGUCGAGACGACCAAGUCGGGAUCUCUCAGGAACAAGGGCCUGUCUGCUACCACCCAGGUCAUUGCUCUGAUGGCCCGGAUCAUCAAAUGUCGCGAUCUUGCCAACGCCACCCUCCACGGACCGUCACACAAGGUCCUGGCUGGACCUCUGCUCGAGGACGCACCAUUCCCCGAUGUGCUCGUGGCCAAAGCCUACAGCCACACUGGCAAGGACCUUGAUCUCGUCCUCUACAACGGCAGAGAGCCUGGUACCUUCACACUGGGCUUCCAGCGCCUGGCACCGGGCAUGUCGUAUUCUUUGAGCACAGGCGGCUCUCUGGUUGCUGAUGCUGAAGGCAAGGCUUCGGCCAAGCUAGCAAUCAACGGACGAACUCAGAUCAUUAUCAAGCCUCAGGUUUAG